AUGGGUUUCUUACGCGUCCUAAAGUCCUUUGGAAGCUCGAGCUCGCGCAGUGGGGUCAUCGCCGACGCCGCGCGCGUGCAGGUGAGCGCGAAAUCGCUCGGCGACGAUUUUCCAAACGAAGCGAAAUUCUUUGGUUUAGAAAACUUUGGCAACACGUGCUACUGUAACUCGGUCCUGCAGGCUUUGUACGCGUGCGAACCGUUUCGUCGCGCGCUGAUCGAGCGCGCGAUGUCGUCCGCGAACGGGACGUCGACAAGCGGGAGAGGCUGGAUGAGCGGAAGGCGCGAGCCGGAGACGCUGCUCGACGCGCUCGGGGAUUUGUUUCACGAGAUAUCGACGCAAGGGAAGAUCACGGGGUGCGUGUCGCCGAAGGCUUUCAUCGAACGGCUGCGGAAGGAUAACGAGCUUUUCCGCGGGGCGAUGCAUCAGGACGCGCACGAGUUUUUUAACUUUUUGUUGAACGAGUGCUGCGAGAACUUGGAGAGCGAGCUGAAGAGGUCGGGGGACUGGGAGUCGGGUCGUAAGACGUGGAUACACGAUAUAUUCGAGGGAAAGCUUGCAAAUCAAACGCGAUGCAUGUGGUGCGAGAACACGACGAACAGGGAGGAGUGUUUUCUGGACCUAUCAGUGGACGUGGACCAGAACACAUCCAUCACGGCGUGCCUGAAUAACUUUAGCGCCAAGGAACUGUUGGACAAGAACGACAAGUUCCAGUGCGACCGAUGCGGUGGACUUCACGAAGCGCAGAAGAGAUUGUUGAUUCAGAGCGCUCCCAAGGUGCUGUCAUUGCAUUUGAAGCGGUUCAAGUACAUCGAGGCGCUCGGCAGGCACGCAAAGCUCAAUCAUCGCGUCGUGUUCCCGUCAGAGCUCAAACUCCCAAACCUCAGUGACGACGCAGACGACCCAGACGUGCGCUAUGUGCUCUUCUCUGUCGUUGUCCACAUCGGUUCCGGCCCAAAUCACGGGCACUACGUGUGCUUCGUCAAGAAUAACCAUCGUUGGUUUCUCUUCGACGAUGACACCGUUGAGGUCGUCGACGAGGAGCAGUUACAUCGCGUCUUCGGCUCCACCGUCGAGCGCGGUCCGAUGGGGAGCGAGCACGGAUACAUGCUGUUCUUCGAACGCCAGAGCGACGACCAGACGGAGAAAAUGUAA